AUGGCCAGAAAUGAUUCCACCUCUGUCAAGGUUCCUGUGUUUGAUGGCACAAACUAUGCCUUUUGGAGUAGGAGAAUGGAGACAUACCUAUCUUCCAUUGGGUAUGAUGUUUGGAUGUCAAUAAAGAAUGGAUAUACAGUUCCAUCCACUCCUACUGAUCUUAAUACUAAGAAAGAAUAUGAGAAUAAUGUCAAAGAAAAACCUGCAACUCUUAGCGGUUUAUCUGACACUGAAUUUGUGAAGGUUAUGCAAUGCAAGUCUUCUAAAGAAACAUGGGACAAGCUGCAAAGAAUAUAUGAGGGAGAUGCCAAAGUCAAGGAAGCAAAGCUGCAAAACUUAAGAGCACAAUUGGAGAGCCUCAAAAUGAAAGAAAAGAAUAUUGUUGAUUAUCUGCAAAGGGUAGAUGAAAUGGUUAAUCAUGUAAGAGGACUUCGAGAAUAUCUUGCAGAUGAAGUCAUUGUUAAAAAGGUUCUUAGAUCUAUCACUCCAAAGUAUGACACGAAAGUUUCAACCAUUGAAGAAGCCAAGGAUCUAUCAACAUUCUCUAUGGAUGAUUUAUUUGGCUCUCUAUCAGCUUAUGAGAUGAGAACAAUUAGUAGUUAA